AUGACACUGGGCGGACCCGCGCGCAAGUCUGCAUCCCUCGUUGGCAACCUGGAAACGGGCGACCAAAAUGCUGUUGUUGAUUCUAAGCCGGAUGUUUCCGAAGUGGACCUCCUGAAUGAACUCUACGACAGACUUGGCCAGAUUCAGCCAACAGUGAGUGUUAGUCGACGUUUUCCAUUAGAUUUUGGUUUGUCGUAGCCAUCCUCUUUAUGAACGGUGCCGGGAAAGUUGCGCAUCCUCUGGUGUCUAAACAGUCGGAAAGUUGUGACAUUUUUCUCUUAUACGUCUUCGUCUUUUCAUUCAACUUCGGUGUAUUUUCCAUUAGUGUCAACGCACUUUUUGAGGCAAAAAACUGAAGCAUAAUAUGCUCCUCGAGAUCGCGUUUCUUUGAGACCGUUAAAUUCGACCUGAACAGCCUGCGGGGCGGAUUCGUCUUAAGUCGCUUUCCGGGCAGCUUUAUUUUAAUUUCUGAAAAGCGAGGAAAAUGACAAGACAGUGAGGCGAAUAAGGCGUGUGCUCAACGAAGUCGAUUUCAGGAUCGUGCGGAAAGUCCACCGGGAGUUUCGGCCCCAUGCCCAUACUCAUCAUUGUGGGGACCAGCCAAAUAAUUGCAUCUUGGAGAGACACUCACCAAGCAGACACUAUAGUCUGUCUUCUCGCUUGCCUACCUGGGCGAUGGUUCUUUUGCUAGGGAGAAGAUUGCGACCAUGACUUCUUGAUCGAUUUCCACGCUUAGAUUUCUUUUGGAGCGACUUUUCGCAACUCUUCGCCGUUUCGUGUCUGGGACUAAUACAACUACACUCACGUCUCAUCGUCAGCAACAAGUAUGUGUAUCUCGCUGGAGUUGCCCGCCUGCAGGUCGGGGAAGAACGUUUAAGCAGAAUCGACACAGCGCCAUUUUUCAUGGUAGGACAGAUCACGGAGAACCCCGUCAGACAAGUCCCUAACUAAGACCAGACUGGCGACAUGUUAUUUUCUGGUUGUCCAUGUUUUGUUCGUCAGUACCAACUUUCAGGGGCCUCUUGCGCGAGAAAUCCCCGGAGUUGAAAUACUCAGCCCUAAAACCACCGGAUCACAGCCUCUCGAUUCAGAAUUUAGGCGCCAACAGCCUUUUCGGUUCGUCGAGAAACUUGGAAGCGCGACCAAAUUUGUGUAAACAGAUUCACUAUAGAGCGGACUUCGCGGGCCCGAUCCUAAGGCGACCCACGGAUGGUCUGUUUUUCCUCAUUCCCGUCUGAAACCAAGGAAACGGUUUUCUGAAAUAACAUUAGAAGGGUAGGCCACAAUUCUAUAAAGCUGGUCUUCAGGCACGGCAGUUCGAACGUCCUGACCGACGGUGUCCACCGUGUGCUCUACAGAAGGGUGGGAGCAGGGAGAGUGAUUUUCGCUUGAUUUCCAUUAUAGUGAUAGUAGACAUGUGUUGCGUCUACCGUACCCUCCCCUCCUCCACCUGGGCCCGUUGUCACGACAGAGUGGAGAAAACCGGAGGCGGAAGAGAGCACAGGUGACUGGCACAGCGAAAACCCGCACCUAGGCGUACCACCACACCCUCUAAUCUACGGCAUACACCGACCAGGAUUUUAUACAAUAGAAUAGAUUGGCGGCUCGGACCUCACCAAAUAGGACUGCCAUAGAGGUCACACUGAGAAGGAGCCAUUGCGACCAGGCUCUCAGUUAACCAGUCGAGUACUUAACACACAAACACAGCUAGGCUAACAGCGUAGUCUGAGUCGAAGCGUCGGUUGGGAACCUUCCAGGCCACAGCUAGCGCACCGUGAUAGUCUUAGGCGCAUCUAAUUGCCUAUGCUCAGGAAUUAUGCGCUGAGAAUCGACCUCACUCGCUCCACCCCAUCUCAUGCACCAGUCAACUGUCCGAGUCGGUCAGCCCACUGAUGCUAACAUUGGCUGACUGAGGUCAGCGCCGCUCGUCUGCGCUCGCUACACGCACAGGGGUAGGUCACCCGAGUCUCACACAGCGGAAUAGCCGCAUGGAGAGGGAGGCCAAAAAUCACACUUCCCACUUACAUGGUGUGAAAUAUUCGAGGCGUUCUUCUGUGAGGCGUGUGUUGACGGGCGAAUGUGUGGUUAUAUGGUCAUGUCUGCGGUGAUUUACCGCAGGUGUUCAUGAAAAUGCAUGUGACCAAAUAGGCCCAUUCAAUUGCUGAAUGUGCGAGAGGAAUGCGGGCAAUUGAGGCGAUGGUGUAUGUCAGUGCCUCAGACACUGGUUCGCCAGUCUCCGUGCGAUGGAUGCUAAGUCGGUUGCCGUUUUGGUGCUGCUAGCGGUGGUCGCACUGAUGAAUGAGGAGUUGUCUGGACUGCGGAUGGAAGAGUCGGUGCAUAUGGAGGGUGUGUUAGGUGUGUCGGUAUUACGGUGAAUUCGACUAUUGUGGAAACGCAUGUGACCGAAUAGGCGCAUGCGAUGUAUGAAUUUGUGUGAACAGUGCAGACAGUGAAGGCAGAUGCGGAAAGUGUAUUUGCCACGGCCACAGUGAGAGGAAUUCGCUAGUGACCAACCAGACCGAUCCGUGAGGCGCCAUGUCAUUCGUUUACUCAGCCGACUUCCGCAUACCUUUGCACUGACAACCCCUGUCCAUGCUGGAUCUUUUUGGAAUCGUGAUCUUCGGAACACUCCCAACACCCUGGUAGGAAACGAUAUUUGGCCUGGAUCCUGAUUUUGCCCCUCGGCACUUUACCAUCGUCGUGGUCGAUAAUACUAUUAAUCCAUUCAUUAUUUGUCUCUCCCUCACGUAGUCUCCUUUCUACUAUACUUUCAACCUUCAAGGAACGCUACAUAAUAGCUGGAGUCGUAGCUGGGGGCACCAGGCUCUAACGUCAGACUUGCGUGCGCUUAUACAGUAGAUGGGCAAUGUUACGUAGUCUUAAUCGAAAUUCUUUCGCUUUUGAAUUCCGAUUAAUUUUGAACCCGAUCUGUCAUUGCGCCUGCACUUAGGGUUGCCAGACUCCAAGCUGUAUAUUUUCUAUGUAAGGAAAACCGUAUAUUUCUGCAUGCUAUUAAAAAGACGUCAUACGUAAGAAUUUGCAAUGGAUGUGAACCAUGUUGCAUAUUUUAUAAGCAGAUACGGUACUUUAUGAAUACACAUUUAAUGGUCUCAAAAGAUCUCAUAAUGAGAAACUUUAAAAUCGAACAAAUACUCCGUUUUUAAGCAUGAAAUUUAAAGCGGACGUUAUCUGCUACCAAAUUAGUACAAGAAAAAAUAUUUUUGUGCAUGAUUUCUAUGAAGUAUAUUUUAAUUUACAAGGGCAUAGAAAAUCAAUGGGGGGGGGGAAAUCCACACUACUUAAGUAGCCAUUUUUUACAGUGUUCAGUUGUUACAGGCAGCCGGAAAGAAGCCCUUUCAAGACCCAGAGUUCUCGUGUGACUGAAAUGUUUCAGGAUUAUGCUGCGCGAUGAUUAAUGUUACAACCCCACUCAAGUAAUCUUUUCGAAUCAGAAUUUCGCUUAACACCUUAUGAGGUAGCUUCCACCACUGACUUAUGGCAAACACGGGUGUGGAGCACUUCCUACAACGACAGGUAUUACUUAGAAUGUAAUUCUUUUGAGCUCGACUCUGCGACCGUGGAGCUGCUGGCCUUUUUCCGAGUCUUUUAAAGAAAGAUCCACUGACGCCGAGGAGUAGUGUGACGUUUUUAAAAAUCUCCGAGGGGUCCGUUUGCUUUGAAGACAAUCAGCGCACUACUGGUUGCUCGUUGGGACUGGCAGGCACAUUUCAGUCAGUAGUGCGGAGCCGUCUACGAGUUGUCGGUAUGAAUAGGUACCGCGAAAGUGGAGUUGCGCAUGCUUACCUCCGGCUUUAUUUUACUGGGGUCCGGAUUCGCUGCGUAGAACACUACUCUAUUGGUUGCCAUUUUAAGAAGAGGUCUAACUCAGCUGUAGUUCGACAAUCUUCCCCUCCGGCCACUUUUCACAAGGUUCUCUAGUGGAGCCCAGGCCGUCGUUUUUUUAUGCGGACUGGUACUCGGAGUCGUCAGAACUGCAUUGUGAGCUCUUUUCAGAGCAGAAUCUUGGAUGAUUGCCGUUGACUUACAAGACAUACUAUUAGCGUGUUGGAUGCAUCAUCCACUGUAUGCCCUGUUUUUGUUGUUCUUUCUGCAACACCAGAUCCCAGACAGAGUUUCCCUCAUUAUGCUGGAGUCUGCGGGAGUUCGACUAGACGCUGGUGAUGGCGACGUGCGUCUGGCGCGUCUGGUGAGCCUAGCUGGUCAGAAGUUUCUCUCAGAGAUCCUCUUGGACUCUAUGCACCAGUGGCGCUUGGCCAACUCGCAGUCCACUGGCCUGCUGCUGAAGCAGUCUGACCCUGCACCGACGUCGACCCCAAACGCGGCGGCAGGGGAGCAAACCGGCGUCGCGUCAGCCACACACUCCGACUCGGGAGGCCCAUCUGCCUCGCCCGGGGUUGCAGCCACACCAACCAGCGGGGCCCCACAGCAGUCGCCCAAAUCCGGUAGGUUAUUCAUUUUAUCUACUCCCUAUCCUAACCUAUAAACCAUACUCCCCCUCCCCCCCCCUAUUUGCGUCGUUGUCACACUGGGCCAAAACUGUAGCCUCGUUGGCUUAUGGCAUGCACAAGUGGUCCGGGUUUUCGUUAGGCCUUAGUCAUUGUCCUGCACACGUGUUCACGGGAGUCCACGCCACCUCAGCCGCUGAGCACAGUCUCAUCCCCAAUCAGUUUGACUCCGAAUUACCGCCGGUAUGGGGGGGAAGAAGAUAGUGGGGUCUCAGCGACUUAGGUAAUCGACGGAGGCAUCAUCGAAUAAUUCCUCGAAUACUGUCCAUUCUCUACCAACGAAGGUAUCUUAACAUAAUACUUCUUAGCUAAGUAUAACGAUUCUUGAAGGCACUGGACUGUUCCACUGCACUCGAGUUUUAUAAUGCUAGUUAUGGAGAUCUCCGAAGUCAUAAAUCCCAUGUUGGGUCGGGUCGUUACGACCAUGCAGUUUGAUCUGUGCUCACCGCCCGUGUUUGCCUCCUAUAUUUAACGACAUUCUGGAACCGCGCUGGUCCAGUCUUUACCUUCUAGGGUGUACUUGAUGUGUGCAGCGGUUUUCCCGUCACUGUACCAUCAGACCAAAAGUGUAUCUUCAGAUACUACAACCUAGUGUUAAUCACCUUCAGUCUGUCUUCCCUAACACUUAAAAUUCGGUCAUGAUUGUCACGCCGACCGCCAUGGUAAACUUGCCGACAGUGUUGGUACGCCAUCGCGGGUGGUCGCGUUGCGCUUUCUCCUGGACUUUUCCGUACCAUACUACAGUACCUCUAUUUGCGGAUAGUCGUCAAACCCCUACGGUACCCAAAUACGUCCCGCUCACCAUACCGCCGACACGAUGGUGACCUUCUCCAAGUACCCGCCUACUGGAGUGGCCUGUUUCUUGCUUCACCGGAGUAAUUUGUAUCCCGUCUUGUGUUUUGGGACACACCAUACACCCGCUAAGUGCUGCACUGACAACGGACCACCUUCAUGGAAUGUUUGUGCGAGUUUUCUACCUUGCUCUUUUUUCCAGACGAGUGGCGUGGCGGUUCAAGGGGUCUUUGUCCUGUUAGACUACUCUCUUUCUCUCUGCCUUUCGACUUAAAAUACGGCCAAUUUAACAGGUAUUAUCUUCAAGCUCUUAACACCUUCGAGAGAGUCAUUUUCGAUGCCUUCUUGGGCAUACUAAACUUAACAAGUGCCUCGUACCCUUCUUGCCCGAACCAGCUGCUAAUGGUAGUCACCCUCGGGGAUGGUCUGGGGGUUCCAUGAUAGAUCCCUCGAUUUGCUUUCUCGUGAAUUUUUACUCUGUCCGUCUCUAAUACUUUGUUCGCAUUUGUGUACCUAAUACCCUUCUCUGGACUUCUAGCUAUUCCAAGAGAAUCGCUGUCGUCCCAUUUUUAGUUUUUCCCAAAUCCUAUCACAUUGCCAGCUUGUGUUUUUUGCGCUCUAGUUUAAGCUAUAGUCAAUGAAUUGCAGACUACUGCGGAGAAUUUACUAGGUAUGGUGGUACAUGCGAGCUCGUGCUUGACCUUCUUUUGAAGGCCCUACCUCUGAAGAUAGUGCUGACAGUGCAAACCUGGUCUAAUGGAGAGCAGCAGUCAGCGUGCGCUGUGCUGCUUCUAGGCGUGAUUUUUGCCAUAGAUCACGAACUUAGCCAAUCGUUCGCUGGCCAGCCCUGUCUGCACUACGGUGGCAGUUUCCAAAACUGCUUGUUUGUCAUGUCUUCAAUCACUGCAAUUGUAAGGACCCGAAAUAUCGGAUACGCACGGCCGUGUCUUCCCAGUUGCUACCAGAAGGUGUAAAGCCGUACAAAACCUGUUUGGAAUUCCCAAGGUUGUAUUCGUUGUUGUAACCCUGUAUGCGCCUGUCCGCCCUCUCUUUCUCCCUACCUCCUGUCAGUACUGUCGCGUUUCCCCAUGCGCAGCCUUUGGUUCGUCGGAGUUAUCAGUUUCCUCCGGCAGUAGUCCUCAACCAGUGAGCAUUUUCUCUAUUGAGAUCUGAAUGGCCGGAAAUCUCCUUCCUCUAUUGUUUUCAGCCCAACGAACCCCCUCGGCCUCCCGACCAAUGACCGACAAACGCCCCACUCUCACCGUGGAUUGCUUAUUGGCGGCGCUGAGGGAUCGGGGAAUCCAAGUGGCCCGUCCGCCCUACUAUAAAUAA